UGCAAACUACAUGCCCGUUGGUUGAAGCAGAACAGCGUGAUAAGAAGCGUACCCAUGGAGCAAAAUCGGAUGGACGGGAAUUUUCGUUUACUCGCGACAACACUGCGUUUUAAUCGCAAAUAUGGCAGGCAGAGGUGGACAUGAUAAUAAUAGAUUUGGAGGUGAGCGGGCGCGCCGGCCGUUACCAACCGAACCACCGUAUAUUGCUUACGUUGGUAACUUACCGCAAGGUGUUGUCCAGGGCGACUUCAACAAGAUAUUCCGUGACCUUAUUGUCAAAAACAUACGCUUGGUCAAAGACAAGGAAACUGAUGUUUUCAAGGGAUUCUGCUAUGUCGAAUUUGCUACUCUGGAGGAGUUGAAGAAGGCUCUAGACUUGGAUGGCAUGAUUGUACUCAAUGACUAUAUGGCACCAUUAAGAAUUGACAUUGCGGAACAGAAAAAGAAUGAUCGUGGUGGAUUCAAUAAACGUGGUGGAGGUAAUCAACCGAAUCGCGGAGGAGUUGGUUUUAACAAUAAAGGCGGAAGCCAUAACCGACCUGUCGGCGAUAGGAAUUAUGAUAAUGAUAAUUUUGGAAGAAAUGAUUUCGACAGGAAUCGUGGACGUUCCAAUAAUUUCAACGAUCGCGCGCUAAAUCGCGGAAGAUAUGGUAACUUUGGUGACGAACGUGACGGAGGAGCUCGAGACAUUGGUAGUAGCAGCCGAGAUGACUGGAGCCAUGAAGGAGGACGCAUGGGCAAUGAUAGAGGCGAUAAUUUCAACCGUGACGGUGAUCGCUUCAAUCGUUACGGAAUGGGUGGUAGUGGUAGUGGUAGUGGUAGUGGUGGUGGUGGUGGUGGUGGUGGUGUUGGUGUUGGUGGUGGUGCUCCUGGGGCUAGGCGGGAUAUUCGUGAUUAUCUCGAGAGACCGCCGCAAGGUUUGGGAGCCCCUCCCAGUCUGGCCGAACGGGAUGCCGGCAGACCAAAGUUGAACCUGAAACCACGCACGGUAGAUGCUCCAUUGAAUGCUUUGGCAGACACAAAACAAGCGGCCGCCAUUUUUGGCAACGCUAAACCACGUGAAGAGAAAAUAUCCGAUUCCGGAAAUGAAGAGUCCGAACGUAAAACGUCUACUUCUUCAUCAGCGGCGGGUGACGAUAAAAACGGUCCGAACUAAAGAUUUUCUUUAGUUUGUAGUAUAAUGGUAACGUUCUAUUAUUUUUUCCUUUUACCAAAUGAGAGCGAAAGUAAAUGAUAUUUUCCUAAGAGCAAAAAAUAAUAAGAAGAAAAGCAAACUUGGAUUGCAAUGUGGAGCUACAAACCCGUACAUCAAAAUAUAUGCUGUAUUGUGCAUACACAUGAUACAACCUAAUGUAAAGGGGUGUGUGUUUAAUUUAUAUUUUGAUUCUUACGCUUUUUUCUACGAUUUAAUAUUAAUAUUAAAGAAAAAUAAAAAAUGCAAAAAGAAGGAAUGAAAUACAACAUAAUAUGUAAUUAUAAUUCAAAUAAUUAUGAAAGCAGUAAAAUAUAUUAAUUACUAUAGCACAUUGAUAUAUUGCAAAUCUAAAACAAAAUGAAUGAGGAAACAGCUAAAACAUGAAAUCUUUCUUUAAGGAACAAUCGUAGCGUGAAAAAAAAAUAUUGUGGAACCAGAGAAACAGGAAUAAUAACGAAAGCGAGUCGAGUUUUUUUUGCAAUUUUUCUUUUGCUCUCAAGUUAGCAUUGAUCUUUUUUUUGUGUUUGAGAUCGAGGUAUGAAGUACUUUGCAUUAAGUGAAUACGUGAGAGGAUAUGGUUUAGUCAUGGGUCCAAGGCGUACGGAUCUAGCUGUUGUAGGAGAUUUCAUUCUUGCAACUACGCUUAAUUUUACAUGCUGACGCUGAUAGCUUUACGCAGUUUAAGCUUCUUUAUUUCGGUUUUAUUCAGCGGACAUUGAGUUCUAUUGCAGUGGAUUGUGAUUUAAUUUACUUUUAAUAGAUUUACGGUUUCGUUCGCGGCAGAAAAAAAGGAACUAAAAUCAUGUUACACGAUUCGAUUCGCUUUUGAUUGGAUGAGAAUAUUUAGAUCAAAAUUCGCAGGCAGAAAUGUAAAAAAUAGUAAGGCGUAUUAUACACUCCUAUGAUUAAGUGUUGUUGAAAUAAAUAUGAGAUGAAUGAUGAAACUGAAAAUGGAUGAAUAAAAUGAUGAAACAACCGAUAA